AGAUAUUGCAUAGGUAUAGGUAGAAGGAAAAGAGACAUGUUGGAGUAAAAGGUUGCAUAUUUUUCAUGUCUGGUUACAAGAUCGGAUCAAAACUGAGUAACGUGGUGAAACCAUCAACUUGGAGUCUUAGAGAUCCUUACUCACACCCACUACGGCCAUGUACAGCGACGGCGAAACUCAAGAUGCUUCCCUGAGGAAAAUCCCACCGGCUUCCUCCAUGCCGUGGGCCCGCAAUCUCCGCCGUUUCAUCGGAUCCGGUGCCGGCCUCGGCUCCGAAGCCUUGAUGGAGCUUGAAACAAAGAGAAUUUUGCUUGACAUUUUUAAGGAAAAGCAGAAGAAAAGCGCUGAAGCCAGUACAAUUCCAAGUUUCUACAAGAAGAAACCUGAAGAAGGAUCAAUAAGUCAUAGAGUUCAGAGAUUGGCAAAGUAUCGUUUUCUAAAGAAACAAUCAGAUCUUUUGCUGAAUGCUGAUGAUUUGGAUGCAAUGUGGGUGUGCUUAAGGGAAAACUGUGUGAUUGAUGAUGCAACUGGUGCAGAAAAGAUGAAUUAUGAAGACUUUUGCCACAUUGCCUCUGUAUGUACUGAGCAAAUAGGUCCUAAAUGCCGACGCUUCUUUAGUCCUUCAAACUUCAUGAAGUUUGAGAAAGAUGAGCAGGGAAGAAUUGCCAUUCUACCCUUUUACCUCUAUGUGAUGCGUACGGUUUCACUUACACAGGCUAGGAUUGAUAUGAGUGAGCUCGAUGAGGAUUCUGAUGGUUUCCUUCAGCCACAUGAAAUGGAGGCCUAUAUACGAGGUCUUAUUCCCAACUUGGCACAAUUACGUGAUAUGCCAUCAGCCUUUGUUCAAAUGUAUUGUCGUAUUGCUGCACACAAAUUCUUCUUCUUUUGUGAUCCUCAUAGACGAGGAAAAGCUUGCAUCAAGAAAGUGUUGCUUAGUAAUUGUCUCCAGGAACUAAUGGAGCUUCACCAGGAAAGCGAAGAAGAAGUUACAGACACAGAACAAGCUGAAAAUUGGUUCUCUUUGACUUCUGCUCAACGAAUAUGUGACAUGUUUCUUGCCCUUGAUAAAGAUGCAAAUGGGACAUUAAGCAAGCAGGAGCUACGAGAAUAUGCAGAUGGGACCCUAACUGAGAUUUUUAUUGAGAGAGUAUAUGAUGAACAUGUUCGCCGUGGAAAGACUGGUGGCGGGAAUUCCCGAGAAAUGGAUUUUGAGAGUUUCUUGGACUUUGUUCUGGCUUUAGAAAACAAAGACACCCCAGAAGGCAUGACAUACUUGUUUCGGUGCCUUGAUCUUCAAGGAAGGGGUUACCUUACAACAGCUGACAUUCACUCCCUUUUCAGAGAUGUACACCAUAAGUGGAUUGAGGGUGGCAACUAUGAACUUUGUAUUGAAGAUGUACGUGAUGAAAUCUGGGACAUGGUUAAGCCAGCAGAUCCUCUCAAGAUAACAUUGGCUGAUCUAUUAGCCUGCAAGCAGGGAGGAACAGUAGCCAGCAUGCUCAUAGAUGUGCGUGGUUUCUGGGCUCAUGACAACAGAGAAAAUCUUCUCCAGGAAGAAGAACCGGAGGAAGAAUAACUGGUCCGGGAGAUGCUAGCAGAAAACGGCUGUCAAUCAACCUAAAUCCUCACAAGAUGUAACCUAUCAUGUGUGUAGUGUGAAAUUAGUUGUGUUUAUCAGCAUAUUAACUGACAAAUCACCAAAAAAAGUGUAUCUUACCAUUGGUUCGAUUCGAGGUUCGAACUUAAACUUAUUAAUGCUAAUGCUUGUUAUGAUUGGAUAUAAAUUAAUAAUAUUGUUUUAUUAUCUGUGC